AUGAGAUUGUGGUAUAGCCGGGAAAUGCAGCGAAAUCGAGAUGAACUCGGCUUUACUGCAAGUCCGAAGCAUGGAGGUCUGUCUCGCGGUUCGCCUGAGGAGCGACAAAUGAGAGAUGCCCUAGUCAGCCCUUGUUCACCGACAUACAUAGAGAACGCCUUCGAUCUCAGCCGCAGUAAUGAUUCGCCUGUCAUAUCGCCCUUGUCACCGGACGACCAUGCUCGAGAUCACUUUCUGGCGCAAAGAAAAAGAGACGACAGCCUUCCUCUCACCGGUGGAGGUACCCAGACUUCUUUUCAAUCUAUCGUUAGAUGGGACACUGAUGAUGAAAUCAACUGCUGGAGCGAUGCGGCCACAGCCGGUGCGGUGCUUUCUCUGCUUCACAAGGAGCCACCCAGCCCGCCACCUUGCGCGCAGCCUCGAUUUGAUAGAAAUGCCUCAGAUGAACAGAGAUUGACAUGUGUUGUCUGCUUCGACGACCUCGACGAUGGAUGUUACCCACAGCCUCCCAUUGCAGCUGGCUGCGAUCAUGGGUUCGUGCCCGGGAUGCAUAUUUGCUUCACCUGCCUUCGUCGAAGUCUUGACAAGCAGCUUUCGUCAGGCGCUACUUUUCUGUCAUGUCCAAUUUGCCUUGAGCAGCUAUCCGACGAGGAGGUACAACGAUGGUCCAGCAGACGAACCUUCCAGGCGUAUGAUGCCAAGCGAACUUGGCAAAUCCUGGAAGAAGAUGCUGAAUUCGUCCCAUGUGUCAGAAAAGAUUGCGGAUAUGGACAGCUACAUGCUGGUGGGCUCGAGGACCCAAUCGUUGUUUGCGGUUCCUGUGGCACUCGAACCUGCUUCAUUCAUCGUGAUACAGUUUGGCAUGAAGGGUUGACCUGCGAGGAGUACGAUCGGCUAGUCAAUCCGAGAUCCGACUCGCCGGAGCUACGGAGGAACGCCGGCAGAGAAGCUCGGCGUUUAUUUCCAGGAUUAAGCAAACUAAGGACGCCCCGAAGAGGAGUUGAGAGCGAUGCAAGGCUCGGAUGCAGUUCUGGAAGGCCACAUGGCCGGCUGGAUUCGACGAAUGAGGAGCUUUCGAGCAGCCGAACGAUUCAUGAGCUUUCCAAGCCAUGUCCGAGCUGCCAGGCGCAGACAGAGCGAGCUGGAGGAUGCAAAUUCAUGCGAUGUAAGCAGAGUUCCCCCUUUGGUAUAUAUGUUGGCUAA